CCGGUCAAAUUAUACACAUGCACAAAACGCUACCUACUGUAACAAGCUAACCAACAACGAUCCAUCUAGCACUACUUUCUCAUCUUGGAAAUGUGCGAAGGCGGUGAACUGUUCCAUCGCAUUGUGAGGCUGACCUAUUUCAGCGAGGAUUUGUCUCGUCAUUGUAUACGGCAAGUAGCAGAGGGUAUUCGAUACCUGCAUGAGGAAAAAGGAAUAGUGCAUCGCGACAUCAAACCCGAGAAUUUGUUGUUCGAACCCAUUCCAUUCAUGGAACGCAUGUCACCUUUACCACCUCAACAACCGGUGGAUGGCGAUGAACCGAAGGAAGACGAGGGUGAAUACGUCGAGGGGUAUGGAGGCGGCGGCAUUGGACAAGUCAAGAUUGCCGAUUUCGGUUUGUCCAAGGUGGUAUGGGAUUCGUCAACACGCACGCCAUGCGGAACGGUCGGAUACACUGCGCCUGAAAUUGUUCGGGAUGAACGUUACUCAAAGUCAGUGGACAUGUGGGCACUCGGCUGUGUCCUGUACACUCUGCUCUGCGGCUUUCCUCCGUUCUACGACGAAAGCAUCCAGGUGCUGACCGAGAAAGUAGCCCGCGGACAAUACACGUUCCUGAGCCCCUGGUGGGACACUAUUUCAGAUGCAGCCAAAGAUUUGAUUUCGCACUUGCUUUGCAUUGAUCCGAACGAACGCUAUACCAUUGACCAGUUCUUUGAACAUUCAUGGAUGAAGGAAAAUGUACCCAGGACAAUCACAAAUGAGAAACAAACGCAUGCAUAUAGAGAAGUGAAGGAGGAGGCGGGGGAUGAUGAUGACGACGAGGAGACACCCGAUUCGUCCACCACCACAACCACGACAGAUACUGACGACGAAGUGAAAACCGACGCAGGUCCCGCAGCGGCGAGCAUGACACCGUCAGCCCCACGUAAUAUACCCACUGCAACACCUCCUGGCGCCUGUGCACCAGCGCCGCCGCCGCCAAACAGCGGCCGACGCAUCUUUUCGCCUAGCAUUACAUCCAUGAAAGAGAUGUUUGACGUUUCUUAUGCAGUGCAGCGAAUCGCAGAAGAAAAACCACGGCGGAAGAAAAACCUGUCGUCCACAGACAAUGCACGUGCCAUGUUCGCCAAAGCGCUCAACGCAGACGAUGAGGAGGAUACCAACGACGAGGACAUGUUGAAUCAACGACUGCGACAACAAAAUAAAAACAUGGCAGAUUUACAACAACAAAAUGGAGGAGAACGUACGUUACAAGAUGAAGAAAUGGAAGAGGUCCGUGCACAGCUCGACAAAGCACUCGCUAUCCGAGACAGCAGCACACAACUGGCACCACCGCCUUCACAAGAAAAAGGCAACAAAUUACUGGCAAAAGCAACACAGCAGAAAAGGUCCAACAAACUGUUUGAGUUGAGCAUUGACAAUUCGACAAUAAUCGGACGGCGGCGCAAGCCUAUAACACCACCGGCAGAAAAUAAUAGUAUUGACAAUGACAGCAAUACCACUACCACUACUAAUGAUGAUACUACCAUCACAACCAGUACUACUGCUAGCACUGCUGCUAGCAAUGACAUAAAAGGCUAGGCCGCUGGCACGGACGCCCUGAACAACGUGAUUUCUCCCCAUACAACUAUACACCCUGCUACUCUUCCUUCACCUCCUCGCUCUUCCCCAAAGGUUACACCCUCUACCACAUUCAUAUUCCUACCUUGUUUCAUACGCUUCAUAUACCAUCAUUACCAUUGUAUCAUCUGACGUCAAACACUUUUCGGACUUGUUCUUCCCUCCCUUUCCCAACUCAUGUUCGCACAAUCUAUAUAUAAUUUCUUUUUGGCAUUAAAUCGUUUUAUUA